CUGGGGAUGCGGCGGGCGCGGCGCCCACCCCGCCCGGCAUCUUCCAACGCGCUCGGGGCGGCGCUGACCCCGCCGCGCCGCGAGGAAAUACCUUUCGGGGGGCGGGGAGAAAAGCGUCAGAUUUUUUAAAAAGCAGAAAAAAAAAAAAAAAAAAAAAAGCCCAAACCCUCGUCAGCCCUGGGCGGGCGGGCGCUCGCGAUGGGCGCCCUUCGGCUGCGGGAGUGAGUGGAGAAUGCUGGGAAGGAGGUAAAAUGGCCACCGGCGGCGGCGGCAGCAGCGCGGAAGAGGAGAGGAAGCGGGGAAGGCCCCAGCUCCUGCCUCUGGCGCGGCCAGCGGCGGCCCGAGGUGAGGAAGCCGAGGGCGGCCGCGAGAAGCUGGGCUGGGCCCAGGUGGUGAAGAACCUGGCCGAGAAAAAAGGCGAGUUCCGCGAUUCUCGGCCGCCGCGGCGGGAGGAAGAAGGCGGCGCCUGCAGCGCGGAUGGCGGGCUCAGCGCCCCCGCAGGCCUGGCGGUACCGAGCCUCGGCGACUUCCCCCCGGCCGGCCGCGGCGACCCCAAAGGCCACCGAAGAGACCCGUCCGGAGAGGCGGUAGACCCCCGCAAGAAAAAAGCGGGCGCCGCCGAGGCGGGCAGGAGGAAGAAAGCCGAGACGGCGGCGGCGAUCAUGGCGACCCCGGCGAGGCUCGGCGCGGCCGAGGACGACGCGGAGCCAUCGGUCCAGGAGGAACAGGCGGCGGCGACUGGGGGCUCGGGCAAGGGUCGCUUUCUGGUGCGUAUCUGUUUCCAGGGAGACGAAGGCGCCUGCCCGACCCGGGACUUUGUGGUGGGCGCUCUCAUCCUGCGUUCCAUCGGCAUGGACCCGAGCGACAUCUUCGCGGUCAUUCAGAUCCCGGGCAGCCGCGAGUUCGACGUGAGUUUCCGCUCGGCGGAGAAGCUGGCCCUGUUCCUCCGCGUGUACGAGGAGAAGCGCGAGCAGGAGGACUGCUGGGAGAACUUUGUGGUGCUGGGGCGGAGCAAGUCCAGCCUGAAGACGCUCUUCAUCCUCUUCCGGAACGAGACGGUGGACGUGGAGGACAUCGUGACCUGGCUCAAGCGCCACUGCGACGUGCUGGCCGUGCCCGUGAAAGUGACCGAUAGGUUUGGGAUCUGGACCGGGGAAUACAAGUGCGAGAUCGAGCUGCGCCAGGGGGAGGGCGGUGUUAGGCACCUGCCGGGGGCUUUCUUUCUUGGGGCUGAGCGGGGUUACAGCUGGUACAAGGGGCAGCCCAAGACGUGCUUUAAAUGUGGUUCCCGGACCCACAUGAGCGGCAACUGCACGCAAGACAGGUGCUUCAGGUGUGGGGAGGAGGGGCACCUGAGCCCUUACUGCCGAAGGGGCAUCGUAUGCAACCUCUGUGGGAAGCGGGGACACGCGUUUGCCCAGUGUCCCAAAGCAGUUCACAAUUCGGUGGCUGCAGCGCAGCUCACUGGCGUGGCCGGGCACUGAACGCCCGCCUGUCGGUCCGCCCGCCCGCCCGCCCUCGUGAACACUAAAGCCAGCUUACCCCACCCCUCUUAAGUGCCAAAACCCUUUUUUCAAACCGUUUUUUAUCGUUUUUGAAGGAGAUAUUUUAAAAACCUACAAGAGUCAUCUCUAUGCCUUCUUAAUGCCGAGUUUGCUGCAUUUGCGGAGCUGUUGAGUUGGUGACUUCCGUCAUCAGCAGGCACUACAGAAAGUUGUUGGAGGAGCAGCGUGCAGACACGGUUGUCCCCUCCCUCGUUUUUUGAAAUUUUAUUUUCGUUUUUGUAUCUCGGGUUUCCUUUAUUAUUUUUUUAUUAUUUUUUUUUUUGUACCAAACUGCCCGGGCCUUGUCUUCUCCCCCAAUUUUUUUCACCCUUUGGGCUGCCAGGCCCCACACUGGG